UGCUAAUGCCAUUACUGCAGUUGUUCACUGGAAUGUAAAGGACAAAGCUGUACGUCCUUUUCAGAAUGAUCUGCCAAGAAAACACCGUUCAAUAUGGAAGCUGGGUAUUUAUAAUCGGAGGACUGCUCUACCUGUUACGGCAGAUGACCACACACACUCCAUAUGGACGUUAUGUGGAUACAAAAACCCCAGGGAUUAUGGUCUCAGCCAAGGCAGGAUGGUUCGUCCAGGAACUUCCAUCAUUUUUAGUUCCAGUGCUGUUGCUUUUGAUGACUGAAAGUUUUUCUGGCAUGGGACGAAUUUUGCUUCUCUGUACCUUUUGUCUACACUACUUUCAAAGGACUUUUGUGUUUUCCCUGCUUACUAAAGGCAGACCGUCUCCUCUUGAAAUUGUGGUGUAUGCAGUUAUUUUCUGCUCUAUGAACGGAUUUCUGCAGGGUCACUAUUUACUCCACUGCGCUCAGUACAGCACAGACUGGCACAAAGACGCACGCUUUCUAAUCGGUCUGCUGAUGUUUUUCACAGGAAUGGCCAUCAACAUCCACAGCGACUAUAUUUUGCGAAAUCUAAGGAAACCAGGAGAGGUCAGCUACAAAAUCCCAAGAGGGGGAAUGUUUGAGUUUGUCUCUGGUGCAAAUUUCUUUGGAGAGAUUGUUGAAUGGUGUGGAUACGCUGUGGCCACCUGGUCCUUCCCGGCCUUCUCGUUUGCCGUAUUUACUGCUUGCUCCAUUGGACCGCGAGCUUACCAUCAUCACAGGUAUUACUUGGAGAAAUUUAAAGAUUACCCAAAGUCGAGAAAGGCUGUGAUUCCCUUCAUUCUGUAACAAAGUCAAACAGAAAUCAGUGCCGGGACAUCAAAACAAAAAUCGAUAACAAAGUUUACAGAACGAAACAUGUUUACCCUCUGUACUAAUAUAAACUGGAAGGACUGUCGUUGCUAUCCAACUGGUCAAAUAUUACACAUAGGACUGUUUCUGAGUUUUUAUUUUAUUAAGCACAUCAAUAAAAAGAUUUGUUUACAUCUGUA